ACAAACGACUGUUUAUCAGAGACAAUUUAUUUUCCAGUGCUAAGUCAACAUAUAAUAGCAAACUUACAACAAUUAUUUAACUUUUUUUUUUCCUCCCCCUUUUUUUUUUUUUUUUUUUUUUUUUUAAGAGCUAUGAAGCAGGGACAGAGGCAGAGCGAGCUCCUUCAGGCAGGGCUGGGAGCUGAGCUCGCACAAACAGCUCCCCGGUGGACUCGUCCCAGGUUCCUGCCCUGCCCCGUCCCUCCGCUCGGCUCCGAGGGGGAAGACGCGGAGCUGGGAACCCGCCGGCGAUGAGCCACAUCUACGGCAGCCACCUCUCCCCUCUGGGCAACCCCUCCAUGGUUUAUCUCCCGGCUGCCCUCGGCUUCACCCCCGGGGGGGCGAUCUCCCGGCAGGACCCCCCGCAGAAGCCCCCGUACAGCUACAUCGCCCUCAUCGCCAUGGCCAUCAAAGAAGCCCCGGAGCAGAAGGUGACGCUCAGCGGCAUCUACCAGUUCAUCAUGGACCGCUUCCCCUUCUACCACGACAACAAGCAGGGCUGGCAGAACAGCAUCCGCCACAACCUCUCCCUCAACGACUGCUUCGUCAAGGUGCCGCGGGAGAAGGGGCGGCCCGGCAAGGGCAGCUACUGGACCCUGGACCCGCGGUGCCUGGACAUGUUCGAGAACGGCAACUACCGCCGGAGGAAGAGGAAGCCCAAAGCCCCGGGGCCGCCGGAGGCGAAGGGUGGCGAGCAGCCGGGGCCGCCCGCCCGCCCCGUCGAGCCCAAGCGGUCCAAGGGGAGUGCGGCGGCCGCGGGGGACGCGGGGGACGCGGGGGUCCCGCGGCCGGGCCGGGGGGCAGCGGCUUCCCCGGGGGGUCCGGCCCCGGUCGCUCCCGCCGCCGCCCCGCCGCACAAGAGCGGCCCGCGGGGCCGCAGCUUCAGCAUCGAGAGCAUCCUGGCGCAGGGGCUGCGGCAGCCGCCCCCCGGGGCAGCCCCCAAGGCGGCCCGGGAGGGCCCCGCCGGCUGCCUCGGCGGCUCCCUGGUCGCCAGCGGCGGCUUCGGCCCGACCCUCAACGCCUCCCUCAUGCUCGACUCCCAGGUGCACGGGAGGCUCUACCACAUCGGCAUCCCCUUCCUCUCCUGCUUCCCUCUCCACGUAUCCGAGGCGGUAUUUAAUUUCCAGUAGUUGCCCCAUAAUUAAACCCCCCCCGGCCCCGGGCGCUGCUUGCGAGGCGCGAUGGGGAUGAGAGGCUGGACUCAGACCUCACUGCGCGGGUAGACCAAAAAAACCCCAAAGCGAUGUAAAAGGUGACUCAGGAUUUCAGGGCAUUUUCAAGGCGCGUGUUGCUGCGGACUCUCUUUAGCCGUUACCUCCCACCCCCUUGCCAGAGCGACUUCUGAAGGUAAACCAGCUUUCUUUUCCCAUGGGUAGUGAAGGUAGAGACAGGCAGUGGGGGGAUUGCCCACACUGCCCCUAAGCUCUGUUGGGUUUGCUCUGCACCUUUAGUCUUUGCAUCCCUCAGGUUCCUCAGACCUGGUUUCUUUCGAGCCCUUCAGGUCUCUGGUUUUCUUCUUUUAUUUUCCUUUUGGAAACCCAACCCACUCUGUCCAUCCGUGGGGGAGGGGGCUGAGCUUUGUUUUGCCGUUAAUACCCACAGAUAUUAAUAAUUCCUGAUACUCCCCAUUGGCCCAGUCCUCCCAGUGGGUAAAGGCAAGUAACUGGAGAUGAAAUAAGGGCAGACCAAGCAAUCCAGGCUCAUCCUGCACAUUCCUGCUUGCUUAGGCUCAGCACUGUGUGCAACUGGUUUCCUGCCCAGCACUCGUGCUUCUCGAGUAUCUCAAAAGAGUUUCUGCUCACUGAUGAGAGGGGGAUGGAUGAGCAAACACAAGGAUGCAUCCCCUUUCCAUAUCUUGCUGGGAUCAGUUGCUUCUGACCACAAAAAGACUGAAGCAGGGUUGUGGAGGCCACUCUUGGCAUUUUGAAAUACGUCUUUUAACAACCAGGACAACUACCAGGAAAAAAAAAAAGACAUCAGCUGUGUAUCUAAAAUUUUAUUUUUUUCUUAAAGAAGGAAGAAUCCAGACUGCAAGAAAUCAGGAAUAUUUCUUAUUUUUGUUUGCCAUAAAUAGAGGCUUUUUGUAUAUUAGUGGAUAAAUGCCCUUUUGGAAAAAAAAAAAUCUAUAUUCUCAAUUUUCAUUAUGAAACUAAACCUAUAUCCAAUAAAAGUAUUUUGU